AUGGCCUCCACCCAGAACCAAAACCAAGGACAAGACCGCCCCAUCAUCAAGGCCCAUUCCGCUCCUGAAAACCAUAACCAACACGUCAAAGACCCCCUCGCCCACUUCAAUGCCAUCCCCCCCCUCGCCAAAAUGCUCUCCGAUCCCGCCCUCCUCAGCACCCAAGUCGUCGACCGCCGCCCCUUGCCCUCGGGUGAGAGCAACUUUGUUCGCAAGGUGAUGAACUCUGGCUCCACCGUCAGGGCGUGCGUGACAUUCUUCCGGAUGCUGCAGCCCUCUGCUUCAAUGGUCAAGAAAGCUCAGGCUGCCGGGGCAAAGGGGGAGUUGAUCCCCAUGGAGGAGAUCACCAAAUCCAAAGCGAUGCUGCAGGGGGGUGGGGCGCAGGACGGGGAGAAUAUGAAGAACCCGUUUUUGCUGUUUAGUGCGCUGGUGGAUUUAGGGGAGGAUCUUUGUGGCUAUGCGGGGACGAUGCAUGGGGGCUUGUUUGCGGUGCUGAUGGACGAGGUUAUGGGGACGGCGGCCAAUUUUCAGAGUGAGCACGGUGCGUAUACUGUCCAGUUCAACACCAACCUUCAGAAGGCGAUCAAGUUGCCCAUGGUGGUUGUUAUCAGGGGGAGGGUGGUCAAGAAGGCUGGACGGAAGAUCAUGGUUAGGGGGUGUAUUGAGGAUCAGAAUGGCAAUAUCAUGGCUGAGGGCGAUGGUCUCUGGAUCCAGAUGGAUAAGAACGUGGGCAGGAGUCAGUUGUAGAUGUUGCUCUUGGCAAGUUGUUUGUAGGCAAUAGAGGAGGAAGGGGAUAUAAUAAUCUGAAACCUGACCCGGACUUUCUCCUCCAGAAGACCAACAAUUGGAAGCUCUUUCCAACGGCCAAUGAUGACGUGAAGUGAGAAUG